UCCGGUAUCUUACCCACACACACACACACCCGCUCCACCGUCUCCAUCACUGCUCCUCCAUCUUUAAAUAUGGUGCUCUCCAGAUCCCAGCAGUUAUCCGGCAGGUCCCUGGCCUCGGCCGUCACCCAUUCUCGAGGGCCUGUAAGUUUCUCCAGCUUCGGAAAUCAGUCGAUGGUGGCCGGGGCUCUGAAGAGCGGCUCCGGAAUGGGCUUCGGAUCUGGAGCCAGUCUGGGCUUCGGGUCUGGAGCCAGUCUGGGCUUUGGUUCUGGCUCCGGAAUGGGCUUCGGUUCUGGCUCCGGAAUGGGCUUCGGUUCUGGCUCCGGAUUAGGCUUUGGUUCUGGAGGUGGUUUAGGCUUUGGAUCUGGUUUUGGAGCAGGUUUUGGUUCUCACCUGAGGACGGUUGGUGGCGGAGUCUCAAACGUAUCCGGGAGCUCCAUCAGUGCCUCCUUCAGGUCAGAUAGAGGUUCGUUCGCCGGAGCCGUUUCCAACAUCGUGAAUGAGAAAAAGCAGCUGCAGACCCUGAACGACCGUCUGGCCUCGUACCUGGAGAAGGUGAAGCGUCUGGAGACGACCAACCACGAGCUGAACGAGAAGCUCCGCGCCUUCACUUCUAACCGAGUGCAGAGCAGCUUCGACCUGGAGCCGUACGAGCUGCAGAUCCGGCCUCUGCGGGAGCAGCUUCUGCUUCUCAUUCAGGAGCACACCCGCAUCGGGUUAGCCGUGGACAACGCCAAACUGGCUGCAGAAGACUUCAGGAUGAAAUUUGAGACGGAGCUGGCGAUGGUUCAGUCAGUAGAGGGCGAUAUUGCAGGCCUGCGGAGCCUGAAGCAGGAGUACGACGCCACCAAUGCAGCGCUGCAGACGGAGCUGACGGCCCUCGGGCAGGAGCGCAGCGCCAUCAGAGACGCACACCAGCAGGAGAUGGUGUCUCUGCGGGGUCAGAUGGCGGGAACGGUGACGGUGGAUGUGAAGGAGAUCGAGAGCGCUGACCUGUCGCGGGUGAUAGCCGAGAUCCGCUCCGAGUACGAGACGGCCAUCGAGAAGAAUCGCAAAGAGGCGGAGCACUGGUACACCAAACAGAUGGAGCAGAAGCAGGCGGAGACGGAGCUGAUCACAGAGACCACGGUCAGCGGCAGCUCCGAGAUCACCGACAGCAGAAAACAGACCAUGAGCCUGCAGACACAGCUGGACGCCGCACUCAUGCAGAAGGGCAGUCUGGAUCAGCGUGCGCUGGAGGUCCAGGCUCAGUAUCAGACCCAGCUGCAGUCUCUGGCUCACCUGGCUGCGGGUCUGGAGGAGGAGCUGUCCUCGGUGCGGGAGAGCGCCAUCCAGCAGAGCCGAGACUACCAGCAGCUGCUCAGCACCAAAGUCCAGCUGGAGAGCGAGAUACACACCUACAAACAGCUGCUGGCGGCCGCCGGAGACAUGCGGGUGGCGCUGGUGCCGUCCAACACACACUCCGCGAAGCUGAAGCUGGUGGACGGAGGAGCGGCUGCAGCAUCAUCAGGUGCAGUGGGCGGAGUCACCGUCUCAGUCUCCACCUCUUCUGAUGUCAAGUCCACUGGCUCAUUGGCGGCUUCAGUGGGCGGGGCUGUAGCUGAUGCAGCGCUGUCAGUGGGUGGAGCAACAGCGGAUGCGGUGCUGUCAGUGGGCGGAGCAACAGCAGAUGCAGUGCUGUCAGUGGGCGGAGCAACAGUGGAUUCAGUGAUGUC